UGCUUGAGCACAUGCAUGGAGGAGGAUUCUCAUGCUGGGUGGAAGGGGGGCUUCAGCUAUGUGGACCUGGUGGAGGGGCUGCGGGAUGGGCACUUCUAUGCUCUGAAGCGCAUCCUGUGCCAUGACAAGGAGGACCGCCAGGCUGCCCUGCACGAGGUGAAGAUGCACGGCCUCUUCGACCACCCCAACAUCCUGCCCCUGGUGGACCACUGCAUGGUGGAGAAGGGUGCCAAGCAUGAAGCGUGGCUCCUCCUGCCCUACGUGAAGGGGGGGACCCUCUGGAGCGAGGUGCAAGCACUGCGAGAGAAAGGGACCUUCAUGCCAGAGCAGCGGAUCCUCCACAUCUUCCAUGGCAUCUGCCAGGGGCUGCAAGCCAUGCACAGCAAGGGCUAUGCGCACAGGGACCUCAAGCCCACCAAUGUGCUGCUGGAUGAGGAUGAUCGGCCUGUGCUGAUGGACCUGGGCUCCAUGAACCAAGCUCGCAUUGAAGUCAGCAGCUCUCGGCAGGCCAUGGCUGUGCAGGACUGGGCUGCCCAGCGCUGCACUAUCUCCUACCGUGCCCCCGAGCUCUUCACGGUGCCGAGCCAGUGUGUCAUAGAUGAGCGCACAGAUAUCUGGUCCCUAGGCUGCGUGCUGUACUGCAUGAUGUUUGGGGAGGGACCCUACGACGCCAUCUUCCAGAAGGGCGACAGCGUGGCUCUGGCUGUGCAGAACCCCAUCACCUUGCCCCCCACAACCAGGUACUCGGAGGCCUUGCAGCGCCUGCUCUCCUCCAUGAUGAUGGUGAACCCCCAGGAGCGACCCAGCAUAAAUGAGGUCCUCCACCAGCUGGAGGGGCUGCAGCCAGCGCCAGCGGGACAGGACACCACGCAGAUCUGAGCCUGUGCCCUGAGGCUGAGCCAGGGGAAAAGCAGCUAUUCUCGCCCCUGCCCCCCCUGCGGAGCCAUUGCAGCGGGGAUUGCUGCACUCCGGGGAGAGCUGCUGCUCUGUGCUGGAGGUGUGUUGGAUUUGGAGUGGUCUGUGCCCUGGAUGCUGCUGCCUGGGACUUGGUCUGUGCCCCAGAACUGUGGAUGUGUGACCUGCUGCUAAACACGGGGCCCUUGGUGGCCGCUGCCUCCCCCGGGGUUGCAGAGGAAGAUGCUGAAAGACCCCCCGGGUGACGGCAGCCACGGCCUCACAGCUCUGUGCCCCAGGAGGGUCACUCCUGACCAAGGGCAGAGCUGCAGUCCGGGUUCCGGUGCGGUGCUGGAGCAAGGCGGCGGGACCCAGAGCCUGCUCUGCUGCUGCUCUCAGCGCCAAUGUUGCCUUGUGUUUGGAGUAAAAGAUGUUCUU